CACAGAACUGUAUGUACUUUAACAUCUGGAAGGAUCGUCUUCAAAUUAAGAAUCCCAUGUUAAUAUUCAAUUUGUAAAUAAGUUGACUACUUGUUCUUUGUGACUGAAUGGAUGAAAAUAUUAUUUUAAUUUCAUACCAUCCCGUUUAUGCACAGCUACGUUAGAAAUACAAAGUUCACACUGGAGGCGUAUACGCGCCGGUGUACCUUUGGCACAAUUUGCCUGCAUCGUAGCAGUGUCUGCUUGGGUCACUGAUGUGACGUGCUGCGUCCCCUGCUCCGACUCACCACUGUGUCCUUUCCACUCUCCAAGCUUCCCCACACGGAAAAUGUUUCCUGUUGACCUUCCGCCUGUGGAUGAAACUGACCUGAGAUUAGCUUCUGAACAAUAUCUUUUGUUGCUGGAGUCCCAACCUAAAGGUGAUGACUGGUUUCAGUCAACCAAAACCUCAAAGUUGGAAAUAACAGCAAGGAACAUUAAAUGGCUGGAAGUGUUUGAAGACAACCAAACUAGAUGUUCAAUAUUGGCACUUCAUCCAUCUGAUGAUCCAACUCAAGUGUUGGCCUUAUACUUGCAUGGAAGUUGGUGGUGUGUGAGUGACGUUAUGCGGACAUCCUGCAAAUCAAGAACAGGCUUGCUUCCAGUGCAGUCAUUUAUGGAAAGGCUCAUUAUGUUCCUGCUGAGUCAGGUUGUGGAGAAGACCUCAGAGGAGGAAGGACUGUUCUCGCUGCACCCUCGUACAGAGAGCGCCAAAUUGCUGUGGCGAGAUGGCCAAGCAGUAGGCUUCUACACUGUCAAGCACAAAGGCACUCUGUGUGACAGCUGGAGCAUCCGCUGCUACCUGCUGCCUGUCUUGGACACUGUGCUGGUGAGAAAAAGUUGGAGGAGGAAAGGACUUGGACUUAAAAUGCUGGUUGACUUCUGCUCAUCCUUUCCCAGCGAGGAGGUGCUGGGUAUCAGUGUGCCACUUUCAGCUAGCAUGGUAGCAGUGUGUAGGCACUUCCUGCAGCUAAAUGAAGAUCAAAGAGACCGUCUGUAUGAAGUUGAAGCUCCGGGGGAUUGGACUCAACGGCGAAAUAUCUGGCUCAACAUCCAACUCUCCCGCUAUUAGUGUCGCACACAGCAAGUAUGCCGAGUAGGAAACCUCAUUUGUGAAUAACAAUCCAAGAAUUAGUCUGCAGUCCACAUUUUGUACCAAUUGAUUUAACUUCUUAGUAUCUUUUGUUUUUGCGAUCAUAACAGUGGUUAAAAUCUUACAUCUCAAACAGACAACGCACUUUGUACUAAUUGGGGAUUACUGCUCUUAACAGAAGUAUGUCACAUGUGGGGUUUCCCAGGGAUAUGUUGUGGGGCCGUUAUUGUUCACAGUAUCUUGUACAUAAAUGACUAAUGCAAUCUCUCAAAACAAAAUAAAACCAAAUAGUACUCUUUGUAGAUUACACUAUCCUCUCCAAUGGAAAGGACCUGCAACAGCUUUUGGUUGAUGUAACCCAGGGGUCGCGUUAACCGGAUAUUUUCCGUCGUUGACCGGUUUUUUAAAACGGUGACGGAAAAAAACUUAAGUCUAUCUGUCAUUUUGACAGGUUGCAAUUCACACCCCAGACCACAGGGUGGCGAGUGAGCAUAUUAAUUAGCUAUUGUCUCUCUUGAUGCAUGAAGUCGUUGGCCUUACUCGGAAAAAUGUCAAGGCAACUGAGUGUCCGAAGUUUCUUCAAAAAGCCCCAAAAUGACGAGGGUGUUGAUAAAAGAGGUGAAAAAAGAGGGACUGCACAAGCAGGCACGCAAUCCACCAGGAGGAAGGUGUGAGACUGCGUUCAGGCCACACAAUGAAAACUAAAUACUAUUGAAUAUGUCAUUAUUAUCAUUUUAAAAAUUUGUGUCGGGUAAAAAUAGAUUAUGACCGGAUUUUUAUGACCCUGUCAGUCAAAAUGACAGACAACGAAAAAGUCCAGCGCAACCUCUGAUUGUAACCGUUAAAAUUGACAAAUUAGAAAAUUGGUUUGGUUGUAGCAAACCUGCUCUUAACCUUCAAAACAAAACUUACUAUCUUAGUAAAACAAAAACAAACAAAAAAAUGAAUAGGAUAGGAGAAAAUUGAGACAUAUAUAAAAUUGCAAAACCUAUUAUCUAUUGCACAUUGGUAUUACAUUUAACUUACAGUCUUGAAGUUUGGUGAAGUACUAAUAAAAGCACUAUACAGUCCAGUCUCGUUUUUUUUCCCUGCAGAAAAGGGCUCUAUGUAUUAUAUACAACUCAUGUUACAGAGAAUACAAUACCCCAUUUUUUUUUAAAUGUACUUUGAAAUGAGAAGAUUUGAUCAAAAUAAAGUUCUGCAAAUUUUUGAUAAGGGCAAGACGCAAUUUGCUCUCUUUUAAAAUCCAGAAACUG